AUGUACCUAUUCUUCCAGGAAGAUGUUGCUGUUGGGUACACAUACGUAGUGGUACAAUUUUUGCAGUUACCGUAUGCAGAUAUUGGCGACUACAGUUGUGUGCCUCACUCUUGGAUACGAGGCCGCAGAGCGACAGAUAGGAAGAGCCUAGUUGCAUAUCCCGAUGAAUCUCCAUCGAUAACUAAACUGCGAGUUAUGAACGGCGAUGAACCAUCGGAAAAAUGGGAACUCUAUAUAGCAAUUAUAAAACUUGAAUCACAUUCAUAUGAGAAUGCUUGUGAGUUUAUUAUGGAAAAAACUUAUGAUGCUUCUAAGAAUAGAUAUUCGGACGUAAUGAGAAUCGAUAAUGAACUUUUGCCAGCUACAACAACAAAACGAUACAGUCUGCCACUGAAAACGAUCAAGCUGCCAGUCCCUCAAUCAAAAAAGAAUAGAAAUAAACUGAAAGGAGUAGUGAUGAAGAAACCUUAUGAAAGAGAACACCAAGAUCAAGCCUCUCGUGGUUUUGGUACAAGUUCUGACAAUUUGUUACUCAGAUAUCCCUAUAUUACGCAAAUACCGGAAACGGAUAACGGAACCCAAGCUAACAUUCUGGGAGCUUGCUCUCGAAGCACGGGAAAAACACUUCGUACUUCAAAGGAUCUUCUCACGUUUGUGAACCAAAUCUGUGAUUAUUCUCAGAAACCACAAGAAUACCAAUCAUUGUCAAUUCAUCAUAAACAUUUACAUCACCUUGCAUUGACUCGAGGAAUACAACACAAAAGGAUUCCAAAUCUACGAACCUUUACUCUUGAUGUUCCAGAACCUCUGAUCAAGGACCCAGAUAUCGGCUCAAAAACCUCGUUUGUCAUUCCAAACCCUACUAAUGUACCUAACCAGUUCUGUCAGCUAGAGACUUCAGAGUCAUCACCAGUUAUUCAAGAGCAUCCACAAGUUUUGCCGAAACAGAAGACACCUGGCCAUUCCGCAGAAGUGGAGUGUGCUACUUCCAAACCUACUACACAUAGUAAAAUGACGGGUGCUUCACAUGCAUCGAUUGCCUGUGCAAAUUCAACAGAGCAUCAGGAUUCAAUUGUAGAAGACAUGGUCGUUGACGAUUUGACUGAAGCGAGCUGUAUUGAACAAAAUGUCUUCUCUGGAACUACAGCAGAGAAAGAGUCCUCUGCUAAUUCAAAAGCUCUGGAAGAGGCAAAUCAUUCAGGGCAGACCGAAGAGAGUUCUAUGGAGGAAAAAUCACCGAUGGUUGAAGCAGUUACGUCGAGUGGAAUAUUGUCGUCGCAAGAUGUUGAUUGUGAUGAGCAAAGUUACUUUUCAGAACUAAGUUCAGACGAAAUUAUAACUACUAGUCCAAAAUCUAAUGAACAAACAAACCAAUCAGUUAUUUCUGUAUUGAACCAGGUAGAUGUCUGGGCGGAUCAAUUAUUUGAUCUUUUUCAAAAAAUGAAAAUCAACUUCUCGGAAACCUGUCAGAUAGCUCAUGAUUUGCACGAAUCAUUAGUUCAGUCCCAGAAAGUAAUCGAAUGUAUGGCAAAUGCAUCAGAAAAUUUGCGAGCAUUGAAGACAGGCAAAGUCGCUGUAGUGACGUCUAAAGAGGUUACGACGGAAGUUCAAAAAAUAGCUGAAGAAAAUCAAGCUGAGAGAAAAGAGGAAGAGAACCCUGAUGACAGUAUGGAGGAAGACAAAGAAGAAGAUAACGAUGUGGACCCUAAAAGUAGCGUAAAUGAUGAUGAUUGUGACAGAGCCAUCAAAGAUGGGAAAGAUCAGGAUAGAAAUAAUAAGGUUCGUGGCCACAUUCGAACCUUCGUAUUACCUCCGGAAUACGAUCCACAUGACACCAGAUGGACACUGAAGUAUCGUGAGAAUGAUCCGAAACUUAACCUGGUUGAACUUGUUCCUAGAAGCAAUGUGUUUAUUAACUCUCUGAAACUAGCGCAUUGUAAGCUUGUUGCAAAAGAGAGUAAAGAGUUAGCUCGAAUGUUAUUCGUAGAAAUUUUUUCCCGGAGUGCGUUAAGUGUUUGUUCAUUAACGGGUGUCAGAGCGAACGCUUUCGAUAUAAGCGGCACAAAUGUCAGACCUGGGUUAGACGAGAAGGCGAGAAAAACUAUAUUAACGUUCGUUGACGAUCAUGCAUUAAAAAAAAAAUGGGGUCCGUUUGACCCGCAAAGUAUCACUAAUAGCUUACGCAGUAAACUUCAGGAUAUAAGAGCUAAACAUGCUAAAACAGCGUGA